AUGCAUUCUUUCCUUUUGCCUGUCCUUUCAUUUACACUCAGCAUCGCCGUCAGUGCGAUUGCCGACCCCACUCUCUCUCCUUGGCAGCUUCACGAACAGCGUUCCCAUAUACCAGCAGGAUGGACUCGAGCACGAAAGCUUCAUCCGUCUGCGUUGGUUCCCUUACGAUUUGCGCUUGCGCAGUCAAAUAUCGAGCACAUCGAAGCGCUUCUCAACGAUGUGUCACAUCCUAGUUCACCCAAUUACGGCAACCAUUGGUCUGCAAGUCAGAUCGCCGCCGAAUUUGCGCCAAGCACUGAAUCCAUUGAGACCGUGCGCUCGUGGUUGAUCGAAAGUGGUGUGGAACCACACCGCGUAAAACUCUCUCCCACCAAGGGAUGGCUUGAAGUGGCUUCUACGGUCGAAGAGGCCGAAAAUCUCCUGCUUGCCGAAUACCAUGUGUACGAUCACGAAACCGGCACAAAACACAUUGCAUGCGACAGCUACCAUUUGCCAGAGCAUGUCGUCCCACAUGUCGACUUUGUGACUCCUACCAUACAUUUUGAUGCCAGAAUCGAGAAGCGCAAUUCGCAAAGCAGAGUCCCGAUUGGCCAACCUGGUCAAGGUGGCUCCUCUCCCAAGACGACCGGUCAAAUCGAUGGUAUUUUGGAUCAAAUUGAGGACUGUGAUAAGCAGAUCACGCCAAUUUGCUUGAGGGCUCUCUAUGGGCUUUGGUAUCAGCCAGUCUCUGGCAACUCCAACAGCUAUGGGAUUGUGGAGUACACCCCACAGGCCUAUGUGCAGUCUGAUCUUGACAUAUUCGCAAAGAAUUUUUCAACUGGCCUUGAAGGUGUUUCCCCUACACUGGUUUCGAUAGACGGAGGCGUCGUCCAGACUACAGAAAUCGCUUUUGACUACAAUGGAGAAUCCAACCUCGAUCUCGAGUACGCCAUGACCCUGGUAACAAAGGGACAAAACAUUACUCUUUACCAAGUUGGAGAUGUAGUUCAAGGUGCUUCUUUCAAUACCUUCCUGGAUGCCCUGGAUGGAACGUACUGCACUUUUGACGGUGGUGAUGACCCCGACCAGGAUCCCGUUUAUCCUGACACCGCCAGUGGCGGAUACAGCGGCAACGAGGAUUGCGGAACUGUCAAGCCCGCAAAUGUCAUUUCGACAUCCUACGGAUACAACGAGGCCGACCUCUCUGCCGCAUAUGCCAUUCGCCAAUGCAAUGAAUACGCAAAGCUCGGCCUCAUGGGCGUCACUUUCCUCUUCAGUUCUGGAGACUUGGGCGUUGCGGGUAACGGCGGGUAUUGUUUGAAUGCCGACGGUUCUCAAUCCGCUGACGGUACAAUCUUCAAUCCCGGCUUCCCUGCUACAUGUCCGUAUGUCACCGCGGUGGGUGCCACCCAAGUUAGCCCUGGCAAGUCUGUGUGGGAGCCCGAAAGCGCGUGCGAGCAGGUCAUUUACUCUGGCGGUGGAUUCAGCAACUACUUCAGUAUGCCCGACUAUCAGAAGGCGGCGGUCGAAGGGUACCUAGCAGCUAAUCCGAUCUCGUACUCGAAGGAUAUUUACAACUCCACCGGAACGUCCCGUGCAUAUCCCGAUCUUUCCGCCAAUGGAGCGAACUACGUUGUUGCUAUCGACGGAACUUUUUCGCUUGUUUACGGAACGUCGGCGGCUUCGCCUGUCGUCGGUUCUAUCUUGACCAUGGUGAACGACGCCCGCAUCGCGCUCGGUAAACCACCCCUUGGGUUCAUCAACCCCACUAUCUACUCCGCUGGUUUUGCAGCCGGCUUCAAGGAUAUCACCAACGGAACGAACCCAGGGUGUGGCACUCUUGGAUUUAAUGCGACUAAAGGUUGGGAUCCCGUUACUGGCCUCGGUACACCCUACUUCCCUUCUCUGCUUGCUAAGUGGCUGGUUCUUUAA